UUAGGUACUGUGCGUUCCGUUGACAGAAUUAAAUGAAAGAUGAAGAACGGAAAUCAGAUUGUCGCUGAAUCCUUCAAAGAACAGGGCAUCGAAUAUGUUUUCGGAAUAAUGGGACAUCCCGUGAUCGAUCUGGCUCUGUGUAUGCAGGCUGCAGGCCUCCAGUACCUGGGCUUUCGGAACGAGCAGGCCGCUUGCUAUGCCGCCCAAGCAUAUGGAUACCUGACCAGAAAACCAGCGGUCGUUUUAUGCGUUUCCGGGCCAGGAUUGCUGCACGUAAUCGGUGGAAUGGCGAACGCUCAAGUCAAUUGUUGGCCGCUCAUAGUAAUCGGCGGGUCCUGCCCUCAGGAUCACGAGGGUAUUGGUGGUUUUCAGGAAUGGCCACAGGUAGAAUCCAGUAAACCCUAUUGUAAAUACGCCGCCAGGCCACCGCAAGCAACGCUCAUACCGCUUCAUGUGGAAAAAGCCGUCCGUCUUUCCACUUACGGUCGACCAGGCGCUGCGUACUUGGAUUUACCGGCGACGAUACUGAAUCAGUCCGUUGAUGAGGAGAAAAUAUAUAAAGUGGCCCCCUGUCCACCACCGCCAUUGAUAUUUCCUGAUCCCCAAUCAAUAGAAGAAGCGGCCAAUUUGCUUAUGAAGGCUAAGAAGCCGCUACUCAUUGUUGGAAAAGGAGCUGCUUAUGGCAGAGCGGAAAAUGAAGUUCGCAACCUCGUGAACUCGACGGGUAUUCCCUUCCUCCCCACACCAAUGGGAAAAGGCGUCGUUCCAGAUACGGACGAACGAUGCGUAUCCAGCGCAAGAACUUUUGCGUUACAACAAAGCGAUGUUAUUUUAUUACUAGGCGCCAGAUUGAACUGGAUGUUGCAUUUUGGCAAGCCACCCCGUUUUCAAUCCAACGUUAGAGUGAUACAGAUCGAUAUAUGCCCUGAAGAGUUACACAACUCUGUGCCCUCUGCAGUAGCGAUCCAGUCUGACGUGUCCACAGCGGUGGAAUGUCUUGGUCGUAUUUUAAAAGCUCGCAAGUGGUCCAUCGAAGGAAAUAAUCCAUGGUGGAACGACCUUCUGGCUAAAGCAAAUAUAAAUAAAUCUAUGGUUCAUAGAAUGUCAACGGAUGUUUCUGUACCUUUAAAUUACUAUGCGGUUUUUAAACAUAUACAAGAUAUUAUACCACCAAAGUCUAUCAUUUGCUCAGAGGGAGCCAAUACAAUGGACAUUGGAAAAACAAUGUUGCUAAACGACGAACCCCGACACAGAUUAGACGCCGCUACGUUUGGCACCAUGGGAGUGGGUUUAGGUUUUGCUAUUGCAGCCGCCCUUUAUUGCAAGAACAAUGCGCCUACGAAAAGAGUAUUUUGCGUAGAAGGUGACAGUGCUUUUGGAUUUUCUGGCAUGGAAAUUGAAACUAUGUUUCGAUACAAAUUGCCUAUCAUUAUUAUUAUUGUAAAUAAUAACGGUAUUUAUGGUGGGUUGGAUACUGAAACGUUCAGACAAUUGCAGUCUUCCGGAGAACCAACGCAGGUAACACCGCCGUAUUCAUUAACAUCUGAAACACAUUACGAGAAAAUGCUGGAAAUGUUUGGUCGAAAAGGAUACUUCUGCACAACUGUACAAGACAUUCAACGGGCAGUGAAGUCGUGCCUUCAGGUGAACGAUGCUCCUAGUCUAAUAAAUAUCAUGAUCAAUCCUCAAGCUGAUCGUAAAGAACAAAAAUACAAUUGGUUAACAGAAUCAAAACUUUAAAUUUGCUUAGAA